ACUCCCUUCUCCUUCUCCUCCGCAUUCGCUGCACGAUGCCACUCUUGCAUAUGCGCCCCCGGUGUUAUCCUCUCGGAUUCACCACGGAACCUCCUUCAACCCAGGCGAGCUGCCAGCUACCUUACACCGUCAGUACCCCCCGUUCAUCUUGCCCAUCAUCUCAUCCAUAGCAGCCCAAGAGAUGGUGAGGUUAAAUAUGUGUCGUGGACCUUUCGCAUUCUAUCUGCUAUGCAGACCGUUCUGCUUUCUCUGAUUCCACGUUCAUCAUGUCCCAAACUGUUCUUUUCGUACGAUUUCGGUCUCCCUCUUUCGUGAUACUUUGAUCAUUGUUGUACCAUUUAGGUCUUCUAUUAUUCGACUCAACUUCGUCGACGCCCGCCUUCUCCUGUCACUUUGAAUGUAUAUCCCUCAGCCCCUCAAUGGCCGGGCGCCAAGGAGCUCCAGUCUUGGGGCAGAGCCUCGCUCCCCCGGUUUCGAGGUGGCAGCGCGUGCGGACAAAACCAUCAACGACAUCACAAAGAGACAGGUCUCGAUAUCAGGUGGCCAGACCACCAACCUGACCGUUGGUGUCACGGUCGGGGUGGCCAUCCUCAUCUUUAUCCUUGGCGCCGGAGCCUUUCUCUACUAUUACAGAGUGUCUCUCAAAAAGAUCAGUCGCCGUCGACAUCGUCGUCGCCGCCGCCAUCACUCGCACAAGUCAUACAGCUCAAGGAGCUCAAAGAGCUCGGCCGAUGACGGCCCCGCUUCACAUCCACCUCCUCCAGCGCCGCACUCCGCACCACGCUCUACCGCCCCGUCUGCCACGCCUGCCGACCCCCCUGCCGACCCUCCGGCCGAUGCUCCAGCCGACCCUCCAGCUGAUACCCCGGCUGACCCCCCUGCUGAGAAGUAGGCUUGGGUUGGCGUUACACCCUCACCCAGGUGAGGCUUGUGUUAUUAGGGAGAGACCUUGUGAAAGAAAGUCUCAGAGCGGGAGUUGGCGGAUGGAACCCUAAGGCGAACCCAGGCGCCAUUACCUUUCCUACUGACCCCAGUAGUGUUGUACGUUUGCGGUGUAUACAAUCUUGAAUUGAUAAUUGUUGUUUUGUUCUUUGUCUCAAGUAUUUUGAUAUAUGUAUCUCUUGGUUCUAUGUGAACAACAAUAGCCUUGCCAUUUAGCCUCCAACUCGUCUUUGGAACAUUCGCCCUUACUGAAAAUGACCGGAUAUUGCAAUAUGCCUCCCUCGAAAGACCAACUUCAUCACUAUACAUAUUACACAGC